CCUGGCUGGGCGUGGGGCGGGAGGUGGAGCUACCAGGGCGCGGGGAAGCCGAGCGGAGUGCGGCGCUGGCGGGCGUGGGCGGCGAGCCUGGCGCGGAGGAAGCGGGAGCUGGGCCCGGCUGCCUGGAGCAGAGCUACAGGGCGCCGAACUGUUGCUGGGAGCAUCAGGGGACCUGGGCCAGGCUGGGGGAGAGGCAGGGCACAGGCCUGGUCAUCGGGGCUAUUUUGCUCUCAUACAUCAGAGGGAAGCUGCCCCUGUGGUUCUGGUACCUCGGGAUUAAUUUCACUUCCCUAGUGUGACUUACUUCUGCAAACUCAGUCCUAGCCCGCUGCGCUAGGGCCGCCUGUACGCAGGAGCCCAGGGAAUAAUGGGGUGGAGGAAAGCUGCUAAAUCAUCUCCAGCUGGAGUCCCCAGCUUGCUCUCGCUUCAGUAUGACCCUGUCUUCUGGACUGGCGGAACCGCCUUUUUGUGGCUGGGCGGUGUACAGCGCCAAGGAUCAACAUCAAAGCAAGCAGCUGUGGACCUGCUUAACUCCGAGCACGUGUUUGAGAAUAGGAAAUUCUUAGGGAAUAGGAAAUGGGAUUGAGGCAUUUGCUUCAAAAUGAAGCAUGUAGUGAAAUGCCCUGUGAAAUGGAGCUCAAGCUUAGUGUCAGCACCAAAUAAAUGAAGUGAAGUGACUGAUACAAGGUCACAGACCAAAUAAGUGACGGUCAGCAUUUUAAUUCAGGCGGUCCUCCCUUUAACCACUGGACCAUGCUAUCUGUCUCUUGAGGUGGCGAGUUUUAUAGGCGCUAUUAUUCAAGACAGACAUGAGUCACUAAACUGUUUCUGAGUGGCAUACGCAUGCAAUUGCAUGAAGCGCUGGUUAUUUUCCAAUUACGUAAAAUUGGGUUUGAAAAAUGUCACGGGUAAGGACAACGGCUUUGGUUUCACCCUCUUGCCUUUCCUGUUCCCACGUUUUUGACUGUCCACUAUUGGUGUGACCGCAUGGAGCCAGAUGCUGAGAGUAUCAGCGUUCCCAGGCAGCUAGGGAAGUACAGAAUCAAGAGAGGCAUAUACACUGAAGAGCAGUUCCAGAAAAACUAUGACAGAAACACUCCCUCUCCAAGGAACAGGGACUUCAGAAUCCAAGGAAGGGUCCAGUGCAGAUUCUCCUGGGCAAGAUUCAGGAAGAUCAUACUCAAGAUGUUUCCUAUCCUGAACUGGUUGUGUGCAUAUCGAGUCAGAGAGUGGUUCCUGAGUGACAUACAUGCAGGCCUAAGUGUGGGGAUGGUCCAGAUUCCUCAAGGACUGUCAGGAGUUUUGUUAACGAGGUUACCACUACCAAUUGUCAAUGGCUUCUAUUCUGCAUUCUGCUGCUCAUUAACAUAUGUCAUAUUUGGGACUUCGCGCCAUAUCUCCAUUGGUUCAUUCAGCAUUCUGAAUGCAAUGGUGGCAGAUGUUCUGAAGACUCUGAAUUUCAGCCCUGUAUUGACUGCUAAUGGAACCUUUGCCAAUUUCUCAGAUGCAAAUUAUAUGAAGAGUUACAUGGAAGCCUUGACACUUACUGCAUCAACAACAUUUCUGACUGGGAUCAUCCAGUUGCUUUUAGGCUGCUUCUGCUUGGGGUUUGUCACAACCUAUCUGCCAAAGACCCUCAUUGACGCUUACCUCACUGCAGCGGCACUGCAUGUCAUCGUAUCCCAGUUCUCCUUCAUCUUUGGGAUUGUGAUCAAGUUCCAUAUGGGCCCCCUGGCCAUUUUCUACAACCUGUUUCAUUAUUGCAUGGCUCUCCCAAAGGCUAAUGCCACCAGUAUAUUGCUAUUUUUGGUUGGCCUAGUCAUGCUGAGGAUCAGCAAUUGUAUCAAGAUAACUUACAAGCACAGUCCUGUUGCAUUCCCUAUGGAACUUCUCCUGAUUAUUACAAUCACCAUUAUUGCUAACCAUGUGCAUCUGCAUGCUGAGUCCAGUAUGCUUGUGGCCAAAAUGGUUCCACACAGGUUUCUGCCUCCUACACUGCCAGACUUAUCAAAUUUGAGUAGGAUUGUAGCCCAUGCCUUCUCCCUGGCUAUUGUAAGCUACUUCCUUCUCAUUUUUGUGGGAAAGAGGUACUCUUGUAUUCACAACUACAGCAUCUCCAGCAACCAGGAGCUCAUGACUGUGGGGUUAUGCAAUAUCUUCAGUUCAUUUUUCAAAAGCUUUGCUGUCAGCUGUGCUAUUUCUGGGACUGUCAUUCAGGAGAAGACAGGCGGAAAAACACAGUUUGCAGCACUAAUUGGAGCAUCCAUAAUGCUAGUGGUAGUGAUGAAACUAGGACACUUUUUCCAGUCUCUGCCUAAUGCAGUACUAGCUGCAAUUGUAAUGGUCAACAUGUUCCCAUUUCUUGAAAAAUUUAUGGACGUCCCCACCCUGUGGAGACAGGAUAAGUAUCAUUUUGUUAUUUGGAUUGUGACUUUUGCAGCCGUUCUGUGUCUUGGUCUUGAUAUCGGCUUGAUCAUCGCAAUGGGAUUCACCUUCUUCAUCAUCACUGUUAGGUCACACAGAAUGAAGAUUGUGAUGCUGGGCCAGAUUCCAAACACGGAUCUAUACAGAAGUUUAUCUGACUACAAAGCAGCAGCAGAGAUUGAAGGUGUGAAAAUCUUCCAGUGUUGUUCCUCCAUCUCCUUUGCAAAUAUGAGACACUUCAAAGGCUACUUGUUACAGAAGAUGGAUGUGAAAGCAGUGCCCCUCGAUGAAAAUGAAAUGAGAGCUUUAAUCUCAGUUAGUCUGUCUAGCACUGGAUUGGAGAGAAAGGAUUUGAAGUGUGCUUGUGUUUGCGAUCCACCUGAGCUAUUACCCAGGAUACCCUACACUGAGAAACUGGUGAAGCGACUUCAUAGGGAUAACGAGUCUUCAUCGUCUUCCCUGAAUUUGAUACGUUGGUCAAAGUUUGAAAGGAAGCACAGUUCUGGGACUCUCACAACAGGAAUGUCGCAAACACAGCAUGCUCAGUCCACAGCCAUCAGGCUCAGGGCAGCAAGACCUGAGACUGGAAAGAAGAAGGAUGAAGGAAAGAGGAUAUGGAAUUCUUCAGACCUUGGAGUAGAUACUUCCACAACACUAUUGUGCCAGGAACCAGUACAGUUGCAGUCCACAGAGUUUUCAACAUAUCCAGUCCACACUAUUAUUUUAGACUUCAGCAUGGUGCAGUUUGUGGAUUUGCAAGCUUCAGAUUUACUGAGGCAGAUGUUCCACAUGUUUCAGAAUAUUGGCAUUUCGGUCCUGAUCGCCAGCUGCCACCUCUCUGUAAUAGCAAUCUUUGAGAAGAAUGAUUUCUUUGAUGACUGUGUCACCAAAGCACGGUUCUUUCUAACGCUGCAUGAUGCUGUGCUGGCCGCUUUGGAACAGAAUCAAAGGCCAGAGACUGUGGCACUCAGCAUUGGACAGCCUGACCAGGAGUUAGAUGAAGGGCUCACAGAAGAACAGAAGGAGAGAAGUCUGCACUCUGGUAACAACAAAGAUAUUUCCUCUUUAAAGACUACCAGGAGCGAACUCUUAAAUGAAGAGCCGAUAUCCGAUCUCUUCCGCACAUAUUCACUCCAGAGUGAAACAGAGAUGAACGUAUUCCAACAGUAUGAUGCUCCACCCCCUGAGCCAGGUGACAGAGAUGAGGAGUGGGAGCAGAAGUGGAAAUAUGCCAGAGAUCCCUGAGAUGCACAAGAACUGACAGGGAAUCCUAGUCCAGUAUAUGGGGAGAGGUGCUGAUAUAGCACAGUUCAAGUAGUUCUUGCCUGCAUUUUGGUGGGGUUUUUUGCCUUUGUCUCUUUCAAAGUUAUUGAAGUAGCCAACUAGUCAGUCCAUCCAAUGGUUCUGCUGGUUUAAGGAAACUAGCACAGUUUAUGAAGUUACCUUUCAGGACUUUCAAACAGAGGGACUAUUUAGCAGCUAUUUUAACCUUUGUAGUGAAUUAACUAUAAAACU